AUCAUGUCGAAAGUCGUGCGAAGCGUCAAGAACGUUACCAAGGGGUAUUCGUCGGUACAGAUCAAGGUUCGAAAUGGUGAGUUCGUCUCUUCGAUAACUGAACCUAUCGUUCUCUCCUGCAACCGGCCUGCAUGGCCACUUGCGACAUGCGAGCUUUAUGGUCGCCUGGGGUGUCGACGCUCCUGAACAAAAGGGGCCUUCCUGCAACGAAUCCAUCGACUGACAUUCGACGUGAAUAGCGACAAGUAAUGACCCCUGGGGCCCGACGGGCACUGAGAUGGCCGAGAUCGCGGCCCUGACCUUCAACAAUCCCACUGAUUUCUACGAGAUUAUGGAUAUGUUGGACAAGCGACUCAACGACAAGGGCAAGAACUGGCGCCAUGUGUUGAAGUCGUUGAAGGUUCUCGACUACUGUCUCCACGAAGGCUCCGAGCUCGUCGUCACCUGGGCCCGGAAGAACGUCUACAUCAUCAAGACUCUGCGCGAGUUUCAAUACAUCGAUGACGACGGCAGAGAUGUCGGUCAGAACGUCCGUGUUUCUGCCAAGGAGCUUACAGCGCUUAUCAUGGACGAGGAAAGACUACGGAGCGAGCGAUCGGACCGGAAACUCUGGAAGUCGCGCGUGAGCGGCCUGGAUGAUUAUCAUGGCUUCGGAAACGAGCCCAUUCGCCGGCCAGAGCGACGCGAGCGCAGACCCCGCAAUGAUGACGAUGAUGAAGAGUACCGCAAGGCGAUCGAGGCCAGCAAGGCGGAAGCAGAGGAGGAGCGCAGGCGCCGCGAGAAGGCGAAGAUGGCCGCCGAGGAGGAUGACGACUUAGCCAAGGCGAUCAAGCUGAGCAAGGAAGAGGAGGAACUGCGGAGACGCGAGCUCGAGGAAAGCAAUGCUCAAUCGCUGUUCGACGACACUCCCGCCCAGGCGCAACCCACCGGUUACAACCAGGGUUACCAGCAGCAGCCUGCCGUCGACUGGUUUGGCAACCCCGUGGACACUCAACAGCCCAUGACGACGGGUUAUCUGAACAACCAGUAUGCGCAACCGACUGGAUUCCAGACCCAGCCCACCGGCUACCAGAACGGAUACACCAACGGCUUGCAGAUGCAGCCCACCGGCUACAACCAGAUGCAGUACAGCCAAGCUCAGAGCUCUUUCCUGCAGCCUCAACCCACGCUGCAGCCGCAACAGACUGCCUUCUCCAACAACCCGUACGGCACCGAUGUCUGGGGGCAGCAGCAACAACAGCAACAGCCACAGCAGCAGCAGAACGACUAUCUGCAGCCCGGCAGCCAUAACCCGUGGGCCGGCCAGCAGCCGUCCGCUGAGGCCCUCAAGCCGAUGCCCACUGGGUCUAACAACCCGUUCGCUUCGUCGUUCACGCGCCAGCAGCUCCAGACCCAAAGUCAGCCGCAGCGGCCGCAACCUCCCAGUCUCAACACUCUGGCUGAGGAGCGAACGACGACACAGUUCAACAAUACGGCCAACAACCCGAUUCUCAACUACCGGGCACCCUCGCCGCCCAGAAGCACCCCGCCCCAGGUCAACCAGGACCCGCAUGUUGCUCGUCUCAAUGCACUGUUGGCCACUGGUGAAGGACAGGAUACCUUUGGUAAUGUGGGUGAUCUGCGUAUUCCGGCCCAGCACACGGCUCCGGGUACCUUCGUCAACUCGGCCGGUCAAGGUCUGGACCGUCUCCGCGCACAGCAGACGGGCAACAACCCGUUCCUGACGCAGUCAUUUACCGGAGUUCCGCGCCAGACCGGAUAUAUGCAGCAGAACGUCAACCCAUAUGGGGGCCAACAGGGUUUCCAACAGCAGCCUCAGCAGGGUGGCAGCUUGAUUGACCUGUAGGGGGGGGUUGUAUGGUGGUGGUACAAGAGUGAGAUUAGGCCGCUGGGUGGACAUAUAUGGUGGUAGUCGUGAUGAGGACAUA